UGUCUCCUAGCGGACAGAUCCACCUGCAGCCUUCCGCCUCCUCUGCCUGCCAUCUUACCCCCGGUCCCCGACGGUUGCCGUGAUCAGUAUAGCCGCUCGGCCGUGGAUCGCCCAUCAACUCCACACUGUAGGGGGUUCUUAGAUUGGAAGCCCGAAUGUGAAAUUUAUUGUCACUUCUUCCGAUCACCUCUCGGACACCUUUCGGACAACUUGAUAUCACGACGCCCGUUCAGGCUUAAGGCGAGCCUUCAAUCUGUCUGCACUGACCGCGCUGCUCCAAUGAUCAGAACCCCGACGUUGAGAUACACCAUGACGCUAAGAUGAUACCCCAUUCCUCUGCCGGCGUCCAGUCGUGGAGUCGCUCUAUGCGCGCUCCAAAUAACGGCUUAGGACGCGUUGAGGCCUUCCAAACGCUGAGCCAGUCCGAGCCUCCGUUGGAGAGGCCGCCAAUGCCCGUACCGCAAUCGCUCCCCCGACAGCCGGCAGUCAUCGACCUCACUACGAAUACCGGAGAUGCGCAAGAGAUUGAACCACCGGCCAAGAGACUGAAGCUGGAUGUGACACCAGGGGCAUAUGCGGCAACAGGGAGUCCGGCACCGGUGAGUGGUGGAGAGGCGAGAACCACCCCGGGGACUGCAACUGCCAAACCGCAAUCAUUGACCUGGCGGGGUCGUCCGGUGUGGUCAUUCCAAGCCCUACUGUCGGAAACCACUGGCGCAGUUGAGAUCAAGGAUGACGAUGCCAGCGCGCAAGGGAAGACUUCGUCCCCGCCUCCUCUACCUCUAGUCCCUUGGAAGUAUACGCCCCAGGAGACAACGGCAAAGGAUACCCCCAAGGUUGCGGAAGUUGCACCGAUCAAGGAAGUCAAAACAACACCGUAUCGCAUCGAGGUGCCUGAGGUUGCGCCCAAGAUCAAGGGAGAGAAGGUUGCGGACUUCUCCCCAUGGACCGGUAACCACCCGGAAGAUAUUCUCAAUGAACACACAGCGAAGCAAGGACACUAUGACCGCACGCAGGUGUCGCAAAAUGAGUCCAAUACCGCACGGCCGUCGCUCUAUGCGCAGCUGAAGCACCGUUCAGGUUUGCAGAUGCUUUCUUCCGUCUUUGCUGCUGCCCUUGAGAAGAGACAAAGUCACAAUAUGGUCACGGCUCCGUCGAGCUUCAAGCCACCUCCUCGGGUGACUUUGACGGAUAACAAGCGCGAAGCUUGGCUGCGUGAUCUUGCUAAUCCAUCUGUGCCCCUGCGCAGGCUGAGUCGGACGAUUCCUCAUGGUAUUCGAGGCAAAGUGCUUCUCGAUCAAUGCUUGGGCAAAUGGAUUCCAGUGCCUCGGGCCAUAUGGCUGGCAAGGUGUGUCGGUGCCAACGAAAUCCGUGCGUUCAAGCGGAAAGGCACAAGCGGCGCACUCGCCUUGGGCUUGGAGUCUAAAUGGGUCCGCGACUGGACUGCUACCGUUCAACAGUUUCUGGAGGGAGUCAUCAGCACUUGCGGGGCUGCGGACUGGAAAGUGAAAAUGACUUAUGCAGUCAGCUUAACGUCACGGCUCUUUUUCGAACGCUUGCUCGAUCAUGAUCAGUAUCUUAGCUGGUUCCUGUUAUCGUUGGAAAACGCACCCCUCAAUACGAUUCCUGUUUGGCUCUUGAUGCUGGGCAUAUAUUGGAGUAAUAUCAUGCGUUACAGGAAGCGUGGCCGAAAAUUAGCAGAGGUGCUGCUUGAAAAACUGCGACAGAUCAAGAAGCCAGGACAUCGCGAAGCCCUGCAGCCGCUCGUUGAUCGUCUCUCGCGUUGUAUCAGAAGAUUGGUCUUGGAGCAUACAUCAUCCAUGAUCCUCCCCAAUUCCUGGACGAAAUACAGAGAAUUGAUCUCAUCGUGCUUGAAUUUGAAAGAGACGGCGGACCACACCAUGUUCCAUAAUUUGGUGGAGCGCAACACCCGUGUCCAGGUGUCGAAGAGUCAGCAAGGGGCGAAAGCUCAACUACCUCAGCAACAAGUCAUCUCGCUGCUUGAUUCACUUCGCUCCACACACGAUGUAUCUGCCACGGCUUCCGCAUGCCUAGAUGCAAUCGAUGACAAGGCUGUUCUAGUCGCCAAACUUCUUGAGUGGGCAGCAACCCCAUUUCGACACGGGACUCGUCGUGUCUAUACCAGCGUCCGUCUGUUACGGAAGUGGAAGAUGACCGGGCUUGACAUCGAAUCCUACAUACUUAGUUUUGUUGCGGGCAUUGACAGCAGUAGCCGGCUAAAUACGGAGCACAUCUAUCAUAUCCUUUCCGAGCUUGUCCGGUCUCAAACGUUCUCCGUCGGCAGGUACUUGCAAUGGCUGAUGGCCAAGGGACUUGCACAUGGCCCUUUGGCAGAUGAGCAUGAGGCUAUAUCGGGCGAACUUCGUCUUUUAAUACAACUCCCAUCACACCGUCUGCCCGAUCAUGUUCGUAAUCUGCGCCAUAUGCUGGUUGACCGCGCAGGGUUCUCUCUUUCAGAAGAGAGUUCCACUGUCGCAAAGCUUCAGAUGUCUAUUGCUGGCCGGCUCCCCAAUAUUUUUCGACCAGAGAAGAGCGAGGCGAAGAACUCCAUCUUUCCCCUCCCUCCUGAUUUGACGUGGGCGGUCAAAUCCGAGGUCGGCCUUUGGAUUCGACGUGGUGUAGGUGGACAUUGUCGCAAACCGGGCCGGAAAUACAGCAACAUUCCGUUGUUGUCUGACUCGGGCACCUCUGCACUUACUCCCGGCGAGUUCUACGUCAUUCGGGAGAUCCUUGAGGGGUUUGGGGACCUCUCAAUGCUCGCCGAUGUACUCAAGCAGGCGACUACAUCUGACAACAAUAUCGUGCUCGCCUCGGUAGCAGACACGGUGAAUUAUCAUUAUGACUCGUUCUGUAUUAUUGGCGCUGUGCACGAUCUCUUCAAGGGCCUCGUUGAGUCGUAUGCCCGUCUGAAGAGGUUUGGUGCUCCCAGCCUGGAAUUAAUUUUCUCCUUGAUAGAGCUGGGGCUUCGACUCCCCAGUGAAUUCAAUACUGUUGCUCUCCUUCGUCAGGAUCUCGCUCGGAUCGAGAACAGAGCUGCUGUAGCGGCCCCGUCUCCGCUCUCUGACCAUCUCUCGAUGUCUACUGGCCAAAUCGACACCUUAUUCCAGGAGAAACUUGAUCAAACGCUUCUCUCUGGCGGUGGGUUGGACCAAUCGGCCAUGGACACUUCUUUUACCUCGCUUACCAAAGCCCUACAAGAUGGCCACAAGAGACUUUCAGCAAACGAAAUUUGCAGAUAUAUGGCGUAUCUGAGAACUUUUCAUCCCAAACGAUUCGAUGCUAUGCUGGUUCGAUGGGUCUGCGGGCUUUUGAAAUCCCCUACCAGAUCAACGAUGGCUCGCAUCCUUCCCCCUCUCAUUGGGGUCGGAUGUGUCACUAUCCAUGCCUUUGUUACCUUGGUCAAGAAGCUCCUGCAGUCGGAGAAGGUGGCUGCAGCGAUCCCUAACGUCGUGGAAUUGAAGCUCGACCUCCUCGAACUCCUUAUACCGCCGAAGCGGGAACCAAGCCGCCUUGCAGAUCUGGUUACGUACCGUUUUCGACUCGCGCAGCGAGAAUUCCUGGCUAAAUAUCCCGAAGACAGCCUUGAUAUAAUCCGUGAUGCAGUACCUUUGAUUGCUUCCGAGACAAUCGACACCGCAAGCGCAACCAAAAGGGAAAAUCUCACGGAGUGCGCAACCGCCCUCCUUCAGCUUCUACUCACACAAAAACCCGAACGCAUCGUCCAAAGCUGUUUGCAGAGGUUCAUCGGUCGACAUACAGCGUCCACGGCUCUACUACACAAGGCACUCGACAGCCUUCUGGGCUUUAACUCGGAUGCGGUUGAUGAGACUACACCUGAGGCCGAGAAAGUCAUUCGUUUGAACAACGAUUUUUCGCUUCCCUUUUGUCAGCUAAAGCUUCAAAUACUUUUCGAUGCAGAAGCCGCGCGGCAGGACAACAAUGGCAUUGUGGAUGUGAUGUUCAAAGCUGCGGUGGCAGAUACUAAAUUACAAAAGAACCAUUGGUAUGGUCUAGUGAGUCUGAUGAGCCAGGAUGCCAUUCAACAAAUUCGAGAGCGGGCCGAAAAAGGGUUCUUCUCCGUCCCCAUGUUCGAAGACAAUCCAAAUAGUCUCAACUCAAUUGAGACUGCAAGGCUCUACCUGACCAUGAUCGAGAAGCUAGCCCCUUGCAUUCCUGAUGCUGGCAUACCUACUAUUGUUCCUGUGCUUGUUGAGAAGAUGGAAUUCUUGCUUCAGAAAUUCGUGGCGGUGCAAGCAAAUCAAACGGGCACCGGUGAUGCACGUCCAACAAACCAGACUAGUCCAUCCUUUGAAAGAAGUUUGGCCUUCUGGUUUUCUGCUCUGCUUCGGAUCGUCGUCAUUCACCGCGCAUCCUUCAUCGCACCGGGACUGGCACCUAGGCCGCAUGGCUUACCGGAGCAGACCCGUCUGCUGAUAUCCAUUUUUUGCAUAUCUCUGGCGCGUCUUCCCAACCGUGUCCUUCGUCUGUACCCGUCAGCCGAUUACUUCCCUCAGCCCAAACCAGUGGAGAGCUACCGGCCUUGUCCUGGGAUACUGCUCCAAACCCAUGCACUUGACGUUGCUGCAUGCCUUGUUGACAUAUUCCCCGAUGAGGCACGGCAGCAGUGCGCCCGGUUCCUCAAGGAGAAAUGUCCGCCUUUUCUUCAAUUUCAAAAUGAUGCUAGAUUUCUUUACCUUCUUGGUCCCAUAGCGGAUAAUACCAAUCCUCCUCAACCCGCCUCUCUACCAUCUCCUGCCGCUGGCGGCUCUACACCGACACCAACAGGAAGCUUAGCCUAUAGCCAGCAUACGCCGCAACCGCCACUAUCCGCUGCUGCUGUAUCCAGCGGGCUCUCCACUGGUCUUCCCGAGGGCGUCAAUUGCAUUGCAAGUCAUCUUCGGGUUCAGUAUCGCAACCGUGUCAUAGGAGCAUAUCCCGUGCGUCCGUGGGAGCUUCUUGAAGACGCGGCCCCAAUUGUUGGGAUGAACGACACCGCAUUGAGCCUGAAGUAUUUCGAUGCCAGGCGCGUUAGAGCCUAGCACAUACUCCAUUCAUGUAUAUAAUACCUACAACUCCACAUUUGACCUUUCAUUUCCCGUGUUUCAUUGCGCUUGCUUCACAUACCCAUCUGCAUAUCCUCAUCACAUAUGACAUCUGCAACUUUUCUCAUUGUCAUGCAUAUUCACUACUUCUACUCUGGCCCCCCCCCUUUUCUCACAUGACUCGCUGUUAUUGGUUCGGCAACACUCCAGGAGAGGGUGUUAGGUUGCACAUAUGGAUAGAGUUAGGCGUUCAAUGGGAU